AUGGCGACUACUCCUCCCCCUCGAGGAAGGCUGCGAACCCCCCCUGCUCCUCUUUGUGGUGCUGGAUAUGACAAUUAUUCCCCAUAUUCCUGUUCACCAAGACGGUCAAAGCGUAUUGCAACUCGUGAUACAUCUGAAUACUGCUUAAUUCAAAGCCAAAAAUGCACUGGUUCCAAUGAUCCUAUACAGGCUGGAUUGGACGGCAACUCCCAUCAUCUCAGUUUUGAUUCAGACGAAUCACCGUUUAUCCCCCGCUCACCUGAUAAGUCACCCAUUGCUUCACGUGAAGCAGAAGAAAUCAGAACCAACUCUAAGCGACAACACACUCCUCAUUCAUUAUUCGCUAAAACACACACUGGCCAUAACCCCAAGAACACUUUCACCUCACUUCAGCCUUCUCACAACACCAUGGAAAAUUCACACAAGCAAAUUUCAAUGACAGCAGGGAUGCUUCCAACGCCAGCAAAAACGCCUCGUAAGAAGCAGAUUGCGAACCCUGAGCCUGUCGCGCGAACUCUAUUCGCCAAAUCCCCGCACAAUAUGGACUCUCAGAAUCGUUCGAAAGGCAAAAAAUACAGUGGAUUUUCUCUAGAAAGCUUCCAUGGCGACCCUCAGCCGACAAGCUCCAGCUCCAUUGAAAUUUAUACGGAUAUUAGGGAUCGCAUUCCUUCUGUCAAUCCUGCAGAAGACAAUCCUUUUAUUACUGGAACACAGUUUGACACACCCAAGGGCGAUAACUGCGACGGGCAAUCGAAAAGAAGAAGACUGAGCAAAGAUAAAGAAAAGCGCGACCCUGCCGUGGAUGAAAUGGUAAAACGCGAUGACGGUAUACUCUAUGUUUUCCGUGGAAGGAAGGUGUUUCGCAAAUUCACACCAGAUGAUCCCGAAGAAUCCGAUGGCAGUAGUGAAUCCGGUCUUAUGGAUUCUCUAGAUGACAUCCCCACCGGCAGAACUCGCCCUAUGACUCGUUCAUCCAUUAAACCCCGCGUCCUUUUCCCAUCCACCGAGCAAUUCCGCACUCGUGCGUCAAAGGCAGAUGCUAUGAAACAAGUCCUACAUAAUACACAGACUGAUGAUGAUGAAGAAGAAGAAGAAAAAGAAGAAGAGAAUGACACACCUGAAGUUGGACCUGUUACCCCUAGACAAAAAGCGACUUUUGAGACAGCUGAGCUGCCAGUUACCCCACCAACAAAAAUGACGUGCCUGGAGACGCCCUCAACCCCUCUUGCUUCAGGCCGCUCUCUUCGCUCCCAUGUCAAGAAAACCGAGCCUGAGAUUACUCCAAACAAUCAUAUUACGCCAAGUGGAAAUCGUUCUAGUCCUUUCGAUCGCUGGACGCGUACCAAAGCGAAGUCUUCUACCAGCGAGAGAGGAAAGAAAAGGACCUCCAGCACCCUUGGACGUAGCACUCAGUCUCAAUCCAAAAAGGUUCAUCAAUCGGGGUGA